UUAAAAAAGCAAUAAACAAAACAAAACUGUGGAGGGAACUGAAGCUUGGGUGACUACCUAAGCUAUGUCGUUUGUAGUGGAUGUCAAUAGAGUCUCAGAUACAGUAGCUAAAGGUGCAAAUCAGUAUGGCAGGUCGAGUACGAGCAGUCAAGAUGAAAAGAUCUACGAGAAAUUGAAGAAGGCGGCUCAAGAUGGGGAUAUUGGAAGACUCUACGGGUUGAUAGGAGAAGAUCCAAACAUUCUAUGUCACUUUGAUAAAGUGCAGUUUUGUGAGACGCCACUACACACUGCAGCUGAAAGAGGGAAAACUCAUUUUGCCAUGGAGUUAAUGAUCCUUAGGCCGUCCCUUGCUUCAAAGCUAAACGUGUCAGGUUUCAGCCCAAUGCAUUUAGCCCUGCAAAACAACCACAUCCGAAUGGUGAAAGGUUUUAUGGCAAUUGACAGCAGCUUAGUAAGCAUCAAGGGAAGAGGAGGGGCUACUCCUUUGCAUCAUGUGGCUCAGACAGGUGAUGCAGAAUUGUUAGGUGAACUCUUGUUCGCUUGUCCUUCUUCCAUAGAAGACCUGACGAUUAAAUUUGAGACAGCUGUGCACAUUGCUGUGAAGAACCAACAGUUGAUGGCAUUUAAGGUUCUGUUAGGAUGGAUCAAGAGAGUAAACAAAGAGGAAAUUUUGGACAUGAAAGAUGAAGAUGGAAACACAGUCUACCACAUUGCUGCAUCGAUAAAUCAGACUGAGAUAAUGAAGAUAUUGGGAAGAAUUGUUAAAGUAAGAGCCAAGAAUUUGGAUGGAAAAACCGCAAUGGACAUACUUCAAGCUCACCAAUCGCCUUGUUUCCCCGAAGCAAGAACAAUUUUACACAGUGUUAAAGAAAGACUACUUUUUCGUUCUACAACGACUCUUGCUGGAUACUUGAAACAAAAUCUAUCUUUGAUAGAGAGACGGAACAAUAUUUUGGGUCUGAGCAACUUGAGCUUAACUAGAGAGAAGUCUGUACUCACUAGUGACCGCCGGGAUGCCAUACUUGUGGUGGCUAUACUGAUAGCAACAGCGACAUACCAGACUGGUCUCAGUCCUCCCGGCGGAUUUACGCAGGGUGAUAAAGGGGCUGGCAAGAUGGUUAUGUGGUACGCAGAUGCCUACUUAUUUGUUUGUCUUAAUGGGUUUGCCUUCUUAUCAUCUAUGCUUGUGAUCAUUGUCCUCAUAAUUGGACUCCCCAUGUGGAAGCUAGUCUAUGCUUCAGUCGCUGCUUUAGGUAUCGCAUUGCUAGCAUCAUACAUCACAAUAUUGCCGGAUAGAAACAGCCUAGUCGGAACAAUAUCAAGGCCCCUCAUUGUCCUGGCAAUCCCAUUUUUUAUUGGAAUCAUGUUGUUUUCUACUUUUAUGGUAUACAUUGUUCAUACACGUCGCCGCCACCGAGUGGACUUCCACGCGAGCUGCUUCAACAUAUCUGAAACAACGCAUCCUGGCUAUCUUUUCCUGUUUUGUGGGGUUUGUAUUUGGAUUGUUAAGUUUUACAUGUCUCACGAGUAAACAAUAUGUAUCAAAGACUUGUUAUUUCAAUAAACAAAUUAUAAAGUAUUUAUUUAUAA